UAAAAAUAAAUUCUACCAGUAUUUUUCCGUCUCCGAAAUUCGUUUUCAGUCAUCGAAGGGGAUCAGUCCAGAGACCAGGGCAAGACCCUUUUUCUCCAUUUCGCCUCCUGUUGCUGUCAGACGUCUCCCGCCAAGAGCCUUCCUCCGCCCUUUUUCUAACCACGGGAUAUCCAAUUCAUCACCACUGAUAAUGGCCCCGAAACCCAAAGCAACCCCGCCCAAAUCGCAUCCCUACUUCAAGCCGGGCACUAUCGUCGAGAUCAGCUCCGAUGAUCCCGGUUUCCGCGGCUCAUGGUACGCCGGCACUGUCGUCCGCCGUGCCUCCGCCAAGGAACCCGCUAAGUUCUUGGUCGAGUACACCCACCUCUUUGACGACGAGGCCGGUAAGAAGCCCCUCAGGGAGAUCGUAGACGAGUUCCAACUUAGGCCUGAGCCGCCCAGAGAUGGAGACAGAUGCUUCAAGUUUAGCGAAGAGGUGGAUGCAUACUACAAUGAUGGCUGGUGGGAGGGAGUGAUCACUGAGGAGUUGGGAAAUGAGCGCUUCUCUGUCUUCUUUAGGGGUUCCAGGGAGCAACUGGAAUUUGGGAAAGAGGACCUCAGGCUGCAUAGGGAGUGGGUGAACGGUUGUUGGAAGCCUCCGUUGGAGGAGGAGGAGAUGGAAGACGCCAAGGCCAAGGAGGAAGAGUUGCAGAAAGUAUCAGCUGAAGAAAAACCAAAAUCUAAAACACUGGAAAAGUUUAGCAAGGGGACCCCCAUUGAGGUUAGUAGUGAUGAAGAUGGUUUUCAAGGUGCCUGGUUUGGAGCAACUAUUAUCGAACCAAGAGGGGAAGACAAGUACCUGAUUGAGUACCAGAACUUGAGGACAGAAGAUGACUUGGACUUUUUGAGAGAAGAGAUUGAUACCCUGCACAUAAGGCCUCGGCCCCCAGAGACAGUGAUGGUUGAUCGUUAUAAUAAGUUUGAUGAAGUUGAUGCAUUGUACAAUGAUGGAUGGUGGGUUGGUGUGAUUUCCAAGGUCCUUGUAAACUCAAGGUAUAUAGUGUAUUUCAAGGACACGGAUGAGGAAUUGGAGUUUGAGCAUUCUCAGUUAAGACUGCACAAAGACUGGAUUGAUGGCAAAUGGGUGAUUCCUUCACGGGCUCUAAGGUUGUGAUUGGCAGGGAGAAAGAGGCAAAGCAGUUCAAAUUUGCGGAUAUUACAAAGCUGUAGCAUUUAGUUUCUCGUCCAUGUCCUUGUGUAUGUCCUCCGAAACCUUAAUAUCAUCCUCCUCGCAGUAUGACUAGUUGCAUAUGUAAUGAUUGUCUAAAUAAACCAAACUUAACAUUGAUGUAAAUUUUUUUUUAGGAUUUUAACCCUUUUGAAGCCAGAUAGAUGAAUGCUUCUGAUAUAAAUCCUAGCAUUCUGCCGUUAGAUAGUAGAAACUGCUACUUUGUGGUUUGCAGGAUCUUGGUUGUGUUUGGUUGCCCCUCCUGGAAUGGAUUCUUUUUGGUUUUUAUGCAUUUCCA